CACGUGGGCUCCCAAGAAAAAAAAAAAGGAGCCGCUUUCCCCGAACAGCAGUUCAACGGCGAGUGCGAUGGAGACAAUGGAAGGGAGGGAAGACUUGAAGUCGAUACUAGAGUAUCUGCCGGUGGUGGUACGGUCUUGCAGUCUGUUCUGGCCGCCGCAAGUGGUGGAUGCUCUAAAGGUGUUGGCGGGAGGUCCUGAUCAGAGUGGGGUGCAUUCUGGGGAGCUGCUAUUCAUAGCCAUUUCGGACCUCCGGCACUCUCUUUUGCUCUCCUCUCACCCCUUCGCUCCUUCCGCCCCAUACGGCUACGCCCUCUUCUUCAAUGAGCUCAUGUCCAGGGGGGAAGCGAGGAAAUGGUUUGGAGAGGUUGUCCCGGCAUUGGCGAAUUUGCUUUUGCGCUUGCCCGCUCUGCUAGAAUACCACUAUCAAAACGCAGGUGACCUUAUCCAUGGAGUCAAAACUGGCCUUCGUCUACUGGAUUCACAAGAAGCAGGAAUCGUGUUGCUCAGCCAGGAACUAAUUAGUGCUCUUCUCGGGUGCUCGUUAUUUUGUUUGUUCCCCACCAAUAAACGAGGUGCCAGACAUCUCCCAACCAUCAACUGCGAUCAUUUGUUUGCGGCGUUAUAUGACAGUUAUAGUGAACAACAGGAGAAUAAGAUAAGGUGCAUUAUACACUACUUUGAAAGGAUAAGUUGCCAUAUGCCUGAGGGUUUUGUCUCAUUUGAGCGGAAAGUUCUUCCUCUGAAACAUGAUCCUUUAAGCAUUUCUUACCCCAAGGCUAGUUUUUGGAGCAAGUCAGACAUUCCUCUCUGCCGCUUUGAGGUUAACAGCUCAGACUCAGGCUUGAUAGAAGAUCAGUCAAGUGGGGCUCUUGAAGUUGACUUUGCAAACAAAAAUAUAGGAGGUGGUGCUCUUCGCAAGGGCUGUGUACAGGAAGAGAUCCGUUUCAUGAUCAAUCCUGAAUUAAUUGCUAGCAUGCUGUUCAUGCCUUCCAUGGAAGAUAAUGAGGCUAUAGAAAUUAUUGGUGCAGAAAGGUUUUCCGAUUAUACAGGGUAUGCUUCUUCUUUUCGUUUUGCUGGUGACUAUGUGGACACAAGGGAUGUAGACUCUCUCAGAAGACGUAAAACCAGAAUUAUUGCAAUAGAUGCAUUAUGCAGCCCAGGGAUGAGACAAUAUAAACAAGACUUCCUCCUCCGGGAAACUAAUAAGGCAUUCUGUGGAUUUUUUCAACAAUCGAAAGAUCAGCACAACAAGAGAUUGUUUCGAGAGGAUGGAUGUUCUGGAGUUCAGCUUCAUCCAGAUGUUAAAGACUCCAGUGACAUUUGUAGUGAUAAUCGUUUGUUGCAGGAAACUAGCGAAAAUUCUGAUGAGGUGUUUGGAGGACAAUCUGUACACCAACAGAUCAGAGAUUCUGAGAUGUCUCUGGAUAAUGAGGAUGAUGAAGUUGGGAUUGCAACUGGGAAUUGGGGAUGUGGUGCUUUUGGAGGAGAUCCUGAAGUGAAGGCCGUAGUUCAGUGGCUAGCUGCCUCUCAGGCAGAAAGACCAUUCAUUUUGUACUACACGCUUGGCUCGAAGGCAUUGCGAAACAUAGAGCAGGUAACUCGAUGGAUACGUUCGCAUGAAUGGACAGUUGGAGAUCUGUGGAAUUUGUUGGUGGAGUACUCAACGCAGAGAUUGAAGGGAGAGACGGAUGAUGGAUUCUUUACUUGGCUCCUUCCAUCUCUAUUUGCCCCUCAUCAUGAUACCGAUAUGUUGGAUUUGCCUAUUUCGCCUUAAAUAAAACUUGAUGCCUGCGUUGUUUGUGUUGUAUCGUCCCAUAUGGUCGCGUUAUUUUUGUAAAAGGAUUUCAUUUUU